AUGACUCCUAGAUAUUGGCCUUAUCAGUGUACACCAACGGUGUAUCCAGUUGAGCAGUUCGAUGCAGUCGCUGACGCAGCGUCAAUGUGCAAAGCAAUGAAGAGUCCUGGUGUCGAUGAACAAGCCAUAAUCGAUGUUGUUACGAAACGCGGGAUUAAACAGCGUCUAGAGAUCGCUGAUGUGUACCAGCAACACCACCCAAACACCUUGGUCGAUGACCUGAAGAGCAAGCUGUCUGGGAACCUGGAGCAUGUCGUCGUGGCCCUCUUGACGCCGCUGCAGGAUUACUACGUCAAAGAACUCCACGACGCCAUUUCGGGGCGCAAGCCCGACGAGCGGUCGAUUAUCGAAUUAUUGUGUACAAUCGGUAAUUGGGGGAUCAAGACUGUCGUGGAGUCUUAUAAGAAACAAUAUGGAAAAAGCAUAGAGGACGAUCUCAAAGAUGCUUCCGGCCAAUUCAAAAGAUUGAUCGUCUCCAUCUGCCAAGCGAACAGAGACGAGAACGUAGGACUAGACCUCGCUCAAGCUCAGGUGGACGCCAAUGAUCUGUUCGAAGUUGGUGAGAAGCAGUGGAAAGAAGAGAACUCCCGGUUCAACGCACUAAUCAUCACCAACAGUUAUCAACAACUCCGCCAAUUAUUCCUGGAAUUCGAGAAGAUCUCCGGGGAUGACAUUGAAGUGUCCAUUGAGAGGGCCUUCUCCGGAAGUAUCAAGAAAGGACUUCUCGCAUUUGUCAAAUGUACGAAAUCAAAGGUCGGCUUUCUCACUGAGAGACUUCACGCUGCCAUGCAGGGAAUUGGCACCAAAGAUCGCGUCUUGAUUCGUAUCAUUGUACUGAGGAGUGAAAUCGAUCUUGGGGAUAUUAAGGAGACGUUUGAGAAGCGCUAUGGAAAGUCCCUUGAGAGCUGGAUUGCUGGAGACACCUCCGGAGAUUACAAGAAAGCUCUUCUGUCCAUUAUUUCCUCAUGA